AAUGUUUUGAUUAGACGUCACCUAAAAGUGUGACUCAAUUGACAAACAAUUAGUAUUAUAUUAGUUAUGAUUUGAACGACAAUUAAAUGAGAAUUUAGACAAAUAUUGCAAUUAAUAUACAAAUCAAAUGAUAUAUUUUUAUCACUUAUUAAACAAUUGAUUAAAUAAUGACUUAAAUAAUGGCAUUCAAUGGUUAAUCUUAAGGUUGAAGGUAUCUGAAGACAGCAAUGUUGCCGAAGACUCACCGUAUGAUAGGUUUGUGUUCUUCAGCCAAUUUCAUCAAUGCUGCCGACCGUAUAAUAAUGCCGAUGGCUAUCGUGUCGAUGGCCGAUGAGUUCAAUUGGUCACUCUAUUGGCAGGGAUGGGUCUUAAGUGCUUUUGCUUUCGGUUAUAUCACUAGUCAGGUCAUCGGAGCGACCGCUGCCACUAAAUUUGGCGGAAAAACUGUGUUGACAUCCGCUGUGUUUUUGUGGUCAGUCUCAACACUAAUUACACCACUAGUGGCCUCGCGUUUAGAUCUUUUAAUUAUAUGUCGCGUUGUUUUAGGUCUCGGAGAAGGAUUGGGUUUGCCCACAAUCUUUCACAUCUUCGCCUACUCGGUUCCAGUGCCUGAAAGAUCCCGUGCUUUUGGCUAUUUAGUAGCCUCAGGAACUAUUGGCCAAACAGUGGCAGCACUUAUUUGUCCACAUUUGCCGUGGAAGUGGACAUUCUAUACGUUCGGAACGUUAGGUAUUGUUUGGGUUUUAGUUUGGAUUAUCUUAUACUCUGAAAUUAGAGACGUCGGUGAAGAUGAACUUCCAUUAGUUUAUCCGAAAGUAAAUUCAAAGAAUGUUCGGUGGACUCAGUUUAUAAGCCAUUGGCCACUUUGGGCCAUAUAUAUAGCACAUUUCGCCAUGAAUUGGUCUAAUUAUAUUAUAAUGCAAUGGUUGCCGACUUAUUUAUCAAGAAAUCUUGGCGCUAAUAAAGAGAGUAUCAGUUUAACAGCUGUGCCUUAUAUUGUCAACUCUAUGUUAGGAGUGGUGGCCGGACAUCUAGCAGAUGGCUUAAUAGCUCGAAAGUGGACAGUUUUAUCAGUGCGUCGUUUAAUGACAGUCAUUGGUUUGGUGGGUCCGGCAAUAUUUAUGUUACUUUUUUGUUCAGUCAAGAGUUUGCUUUUUGCCGUGAUUUUCGUGUCACUGUCAAUGGCUUUGUGUUCAUUUAAUAGCGCCGGUCAUCUCUCCAAUCACGCAGACGUGGCUCCCAAUCACGCGGGAAUCACGUUUGCCGUUUCCAAUACAUUAGCUACUAUUCCAGGAAUCCUUUGCGGUCCACUAACAGCCGAACUUGUGGUUGAAUCGCACGGUCGAUGGUUUCCCGUGUUUGUAUUGGCGGCCACUAUAAACUUUGUCGGCUCUGUUAUAUACACGAGUCAGAGCUCUGCCUCUCAAAUCAUUUGAUUUGUAUAUUUUGUAUGUUUUUGUGAAAGUCUAUACU